AUGACGUAUGCAGGACAUAUUUUUUUUUCAGCUUAUGAAAUUUUGAAUUCGGAGAAUUAUGCAGCAUGGAGUUGGUUCUUUAAGCAAUUGAAAGAAGCUCAGGGUAUAAAAUCAAAUAUGUAUGUUAUGUCCGACAGGAACAUGAGCACUAUAAAGGCUGUGUCAACUGUAUAUAGGGGUGUUGUACAAAAGUCUCAUGCUAAAUUGUUUGAAGUGUUUUAUGCAAUGGCAAAAGCAUAUACAAUUUCUGAAUUUAACAGUCUAAUGAAUAAGGUUGAAAAGAUAGCUAUUAGGGUGAAAGAUUACUUACAGUCGGCCAGAUAUAACAAGUGGUCUAGGGUGUAUGCAACUGUAAAUCGGGGAUUCACUCUAACCUCAAACAUUGCUGAAACAAUUAACAGGCACCUUAAGGAAGCCAGGGAGUUUCCUAUAUAUGAUUUCUUGGAGGAAGUUAGAAAAAUGUUUGGCAGAUGGCACUAUAACAAUCGACAGGUUGGGACAUUCACAAGUACACCUGUAUGCGGAAAAUAUCAUGAACUCCUUAAAUUUAACGAGGCAAAGAGUACACGAAUGAGGGUUGUGCCGGCAACAGAUUAUGUUUAUUCUGUGCUUCAUGAAGAUCAACGUUUUAUUGUUUGCCUGGAUAAGAAGACAUGUUUUUGCCAUAGAUUUGAAAUCGAUGAAAUUUCAUGUGCUCAUGCGUAUGCGGUGUUGAAGAGCAAACAUUUUGAACCUGAUGAUUAUUGCUCUGACUUUUACAAGUCAGUCUCAGUGUUGGGUAGGCAUGAGGUCUCAAUAUUGCCUCUACCUGAUAGAUCCACAUGGAAAAUACCAGAUUAUAUAUUGAGUGAAGUUGUUCUUCCGUCAAAAUACAAACGUCCCCCUGAAAGGUCAAAGAAAAGAGAAAGAGAAAAAUCCGCGGAAGAAUUUUACGGGACUAAGUUCACAUAUUUAUUCAGUGCUUGUGGGUUAAAGGGACACAAUAGGCGUUCAUGCAGAGAAAAACGUCGAGUUGAAUAG